AACAAACCCUUGUAUGAAUGGAAUUCUUGGCAAGACAGAUGGGAGUAAAUAAUGUUACAAUGUGGAAUAAGGAAUGAGAUGAGAUCACAGCUCCAGCCUGGCCAUCCUUUGUAAACCUGGACAAUGAUCAGGGGUGCCGAAUUCUGCAACCUAUUUAUGAGAGGCUCAGAUCAGUUCUAUCAAGCUGCUGGACACACCAUACUACCUCAGUCAAAAUGAGCACAAUAUGCAGCCGCAAGGACGACACUUUACAGACCUUUAACACGUCUUUCUCAACCAAAGUCUACAGCAUCCCCAGAAGAAGAUUGUCUAGUAGUCAGAGGAUACCAUCAAAUAUUGUAAUCGAUCCACACUGGACAAAGAGGUACUUGCCCCAGGAAACUGAUCUUCUACAUGUCCUAUGCAAAACUGAAGACGUUUGGAGACUUCCUCCACCAGAACCAUUUCGGCAUCGCCGCUCUACUAAACAUAGUGUAUGUAUGGAAAUCAAGACACCAAAACUUGCCAAGGCUAAGCAGAAUGUGCCAUUACAAAAUAAACCUCUUCCGUCACCAGUCCUCAGUGUGCCCAAACAGAUUGCCAGCACUUUGCCAACCCCGACCGUCACUCCUGUCACAGUAGGGUGCAAUGACCCGAGGCUCGUUGACUUAGAAGAGGACAUUAUCUACGAAAAUGAGGCCUCUUUGCCUCUAACAGCUCCCUGCGCACCAAAAAAAUCACCAAGCUUACUCCAGAAAAUGGGUCUAAAAUUCAGGAAGUCUGUGGAGUAUAUUGGUGCGUCAAACUGUGCCUUUGAGGAGGACUGAAGAAAGCAAUGAUGUAACAUGGGUAGCACGGUUCUCAUGACUGCGCUCGUGUUUACCAAGCCAAAAAGGACCCGUUUGCUUUACUAUUUAUUUUUUAACAAAUGCACUUGACUAAUGUUUGACUAAAAACAUAUGUACCCAGCAAGAUUGAGAAAUAUGACAUAAGAAUGGAUUUUUUGCAAGGGAAGAAAGUAACUUGUGGGUUUCACAUCAUUUAAAGGGGUACUCCACUGGAAAACAUUUUUUUUUUAAUCC